GCUGAACGUUAUGUGUGUAAUAUUGAAUGAAUUUCAAUGUUUAUUAUAUGACAAAAGUAAUGAUUCAAUUGACUAUUUAUAUGAUGACUAUAUUGUGACUAUUAAUGGCUAAAUAAAAGACAUUUUAGACAAUAUUUGUCUGAUAAUGAUGUCUAAGCAGAUGAGUGUUAAAUGUAAAUGUUUUGUUGUAUUUCCAACCAGAAUGACGUCUGGGAGGAUGUCUGGCCUUUUCUAUACAUACGGAAAGGUAUGUGCGUCCCAUCCGUGCGAAGUAAUGGUCGCUUUCUUCACUUUACUAUUGAUCUGUAUAUUCUCAUUGGGAUCACAAUUCUUGAUCCAAACUAAUACAUAUUCAUCGGGAUAUUGCCUUAAAAAGAGUGGAUGUAUUGAGGAAUUAGAGUUGAAAAGUGCAGAGAGUUUUGCUAAUACUAUAACAUUGAUAUCGAGAUGUUUAGCAUUUUUUUAUAUUUACCAACAAUUCAAAAACCUUUACAAUUUAGGAUCAAAAUAUUUAGUACAGAUCUCAGCUCUUUUUACAGUACUUUCCAGUUUUAUAUUUUGUUCAACAGUUUUAUAUGCAUUGAAUGCUAAUUUUACUGAACUUAUAGACGCUCUGCCAUUCUUUCUCUUGUUAUCCGAUUUAUCAAAAGCCAGUCUAUUGGCUCAGUUCGCUCUCUCAUCCAAUACAAGAGAGGAAGUGAGAGAAAAUAUUGCCAGAGGAAUGGCUAUUUUAGGGCCAACAUUGACUUUGGAUACAUUGGUUGAGACUCUGGCAAUCGGUGUGGGAACAGUAUCUGGUGUUUCCAAACUUGAAGAGAUCAGUUGCUUUGCCUGUUUGUCUGUAAUUGUCAAUUACGUGGUUUUUAUGAUCCUUUUCCCUGCAUAUCUUUCAUUGGCCUUAGAGUUGUCCUAUAAUAGAGGCGACAAUUUACCCGUUUGGCAGUUGAGUUCUUUGGCAAAAGUAUUAUUAGAGUCGGAAAAAGCACCGAAUCCUGUGAUCCAACGGAUCAAACUGAUUAUGUCAGCCGCUCUUAUGCUGGUUCAUACACUCAGCCGAUUUCCCAUCGGUUCAGAAACAGAUACUUCAACAAUGGGUUCCAAUUUUAAGGAUUCAAAUCAUGACUUCUUUUUAGAUAAAGAGCCGACAUUUUUUGAGAAUUGGUUUAGAAAAUAUUUGACACUUUGCUCGGAACAGGUAGUUAUGAUUGGAUUGGUGUUUGCAUUGGCCGUCAAAUACAUCUUCUUUGAAAAUAAGGAUUACUAUAACGAACACAUUAAACAUCAGUAUCAACAAGAAAUGCAACAAACAAUUAAUAAGAGAUCACAAGUUGUUUCAGAAAAUAGUGUUCGAACGCAAACAUUAGAAACACCAAGAAUUUUAGUGACAACUCAAGACUCGGACACCGAGUCUAUGAUUCACGAAAGGACUAAAAAAUGCCAAAAGAGUGACACUUUCACAGAUAACUCAUUGAAAGACGAUGUUUGUGAUAACGACGAAAAAAUAUCAUUUAUUAUUGGAGACGACUGUUCUUCAGAUAUGAGUGAAACAGAAUUAGUUGACCGCGAAGUGCAGACCGAUGACAGCUAUUUAAUCCAACAAUAUAUUGAAUGUCAACAAAAUACCACUUGUGCUGAAUCGAAACAAAUAAGAGAUAUCAACACUUUACUAGAAAUAUAUAAUAAAGAGGACGGAACUAAUAGCUUAACAGAUCUUGAAAUAUUGUAUUUGGUUGAUAAUCAACACAUACCGGCCUACAAAUUGGAAUCAAUUCUUGGAAAUGCUGAGAGAGGUGUAGCUAUCAGAAGAAGACUAAUUGAGAAAUCGUCAAAAAAGAUUGGCGUUAUUGAGAAGAUACCGUACACUCAAUAUGACUAUUCAUUAGUCUUAGGCGCGUGUUGUGAGAAUGUUGUCGGUUACAUACCCGUGCCAUUGGGAAUUGCUGGACCUUUACUUCUCAAUAAUAACCAAUAUUAUGUACCAAUGGCUACUACCGAGGGUUGUCUAGUGGCCAGUACUAAUCGUGGUUGUCGGGCAUUAGUGAUGUCGGGAGGUGUCAACAGCGCAGUAUAUAAAGAUGGUAUGACAAGAGGUCCUGUCAUUCAUUUUCCGACUGCUAUCAGAUCUGCUGAAGCAAUGAAAUGGUUGCAAGAAGACAAAAACUUUGAACGAAUUAAACUUAUAUUUGACUCGACAUCGCGUUUCGCACGAUUACAACGGAUCCACCCUCGAGUGGCCGGACGUUAUCUUUAUUUGCGAUUUAUUGGUUCAACUGGUGAUGCUAUGGGAAUGAAUAUGUUAUCAAAAGGCACUGAAUUAGCUAUUCAAGAGUUAAUCAGAGUCUUUCCUGACAUUCAGGCCACAUGUUUGAGCGGCAACUUUUGUACGGACAAGAAGGCCGCAGCAGUUAAUUGGAUUGAAGGCAGAGGCAAAUCUGUUGUGUGCGAAGCAGUUGUUCCCGCAAAAGUCAUCGAAAAGGUUUUGAAGACAUCUGCUGAAGCAUUGGUUGAAUUAAAUAUAAGUAAGAAUUUGGUCGGAUCUUCUAUGGCCGGCACUAUUGGUGGCAAUAAUGCACACGCGGCCAACAUUGUAGCCGCUAUUUAUAUAGCUUGUGGACAGGAUCCGGCACAAACAGUUGGCAGUUCCAAUUGUAUUACACUUAUGGAAAUAAAUGGUAAUGAUCUACAUAUAUCUUGUACGAUGCCAUCCAUUGAAAUUGGAACUAUUGGUGGCGGAACUGUUCUUCAACCACAAAGUGCUUGUCUUGAGCUUUUGGGAGUAAAAGGUUGUUCUGCAGAAAUAGCUGGCAGUAACUCCUCCGAGUUCGCCACAAUAGUUUGCGCCACUGUCUUAGCGGCAGAGCUGUCUCUCAUGUCGGCUCUAGCGGCCGGUCAUUUGGUUCGCUCGCAUAUGAAACACAACCGCUCUAAUAUCAAUAUAAACGCCACAACAGUUCCUCAAUCAUCAACAGAUCUACUGAAAAGUGUACCAAAUAGUAGUCAAUAAUAAUGUUUGACAUUUUAAAGUAUAUUUUAUGAUAAAUUAUUUAUAUUUUAAACAUCAAAAGUUAAUAUUAUUAAU